AUGCACAUCCCCGGCAGCACCAUGAGCCCAGGAGUUUUCCUCCUCCUGGGCCUCCUCAUCCUCAGGGCAGAGCCAAGCGUAACACCAGAGAAGGGCGGGGACACCCAGAAACCAGGGAGGUGUCCACGGGACUUCAUGCGCUGCUUGCGCCUGGAGUCCCCACUCUGUGCCAACGACUCCAGCUGCCCCGCUGAGCUCAAGUGCUGCCCCUGGGAGUGCCGGCUGCGCUGCAUCCCCCCGGCAGAAGAGAAGCCCGGUGCCUGCCCGGCAGCAGCCCCUGAGCGGCUGAUCGCCCCCUGCUCCUUCCCCUGCCUGGAGGACAAGGACUGCCUGGGAGCGCAGAAGUGCUGCCCGCUGGGCUGCGGCUCUGCCUGCCUAGAGCCGGCGCAGGGCACCAGGAACUAG